AUGGGAAAAUAUGAUUAUGACCUCGGUGACAAUAAGUUUAAGCGAUGUCGCAGCCCGGGUCUGGACGGUCCUCAUCAUUAUCAAAUCGCCAAUCGAGGAGGCCUGCUCCUAGCUGUACCUGCAGACUCACUUUGGGUGGACAUCCUUCGUUUCUCAACUGACGGGGGUCGUUGUUGGCACAACAUUCCCCUCACACCUUCCCCCAAACCCACAUCUGAAGAUGAUGCGAAGGUUCAUGAGGGAGCAAAUCAAUCACCUCCACUACAGCACCACUCCAUCACUUCUCCAAACGCCUUGACCCUUCAGAAUGACACAUUUUCUAGCCCAGAUCUCGUUGAGGAAGAGUCGGUUGUCUUCACUGGUCUCGUUACAGAACCAGGAGGUCGAGCGAUGACAGUAGCGGUCUAUGGCUACGGCACAGUUACCCAACGUUGGCGAGUCGCCGUGGUGGAUUUCGCUAACAAUGGUUUCAUCACUAAGAACUGUACUGUAGACGACUACGAACUAUGGUAUCCGCAUAGGACCGAUAUCAAAGAGGAUGAUCCUAGUAAUGGCUGUUUACUUGGAGUACGGGAAACCUCCUACAGACUGAAAGAAAAUUCUUUGUGCUUCUCUAACUCGGAGUUUCAAUCGCUUCAAUCGUACGAGGUUUGUGAAUGCACGGAACUGGAUUAUGAGUGGUAUGUCAAUUGGCUCUUAAAAUGUUGUUUUUCGAACUCAGUCUAA